AUGGAGGAAUCAGAAAAUUCGACGGAAAUGGCAAAAUUGCCGGAGAACUGGGCGGUUUGCGUCGGAACCGUCUUCGAAGACGCACUCAACCAGUUGCAGAUUCUCGGCUGUAUUCUUCCCGUGCAAAAGAACAAGACCUCUGUCGCCUACCAAAACAUCGCCGAUGAAAUAAUCGAGUCUCUUUCCGAAAAACGCGACCUAGAAGCAGAAAUCGACGGCUUCGACGACACACAAAGAAUGAUCAAGCAGCUGACGCAAGAAAUCGUCUCUCAGAAGUCGGGCGUUUCUGCGAGAGGCCUGGAUGGACAAGACAACUUGAUGAAAAUUAACCGCGAUCGGCAGUUUGCUUACGAAGCGCUCAAGCCGUGUCUUGAUGAAAUUGUUGCCAGUGGCAGUUUUAACUCUCUCUCCAAAUCGGUAGAAGAGGAGAGUGUUCGCAAAUGCAGAUUCAGAGUUGCGCAGGAAAAAGAAACAAACGCAAAACGCGAGCUAAAAGAUCGAAACCGGCGACUCGCUGCGACGAAAAAAGAAACGGAAACUGAAGUCCACGAGUUGACCGAAAUGAUCGCCCAUAUCAAGGAUCAAAUUCAAGAGCUCAAGUCACAAACCGCGAUCGAAGGUCGUUACGUCAAAAAAUCCGCCGAAACUGGCAUCGAAAUGAAUCAAUCUUUCCGGGCGCAGGAAGAAGGCGAAUUACAGGAGGUCCUGGACACGCUAAAACGAGAUAUCGAAAGCGAAAAUAGAGCGCAUACUGAUGUCAAGAAUUUCCUGCUCAAGAAACGACGCCAGCUCGAAGAUAAAAUUGAAUACUGGAUGGAAAAGUACGAAAACGACACGGAAUCACGCACAAACGAGCUUGCAAAUCUCAAAUCCGACAAAGACAAAGAUCUUCGAACGCUCCAAGAGCUUGCUCGAACAUACGACGAUUAUGAGCGCGUUGUUACAGAAGACCGAGCAGAAAAGAAACGAAUCAAGGAGAAAAAGGAGCGGGACGAGCUCGAACGCGUCACUUCCAUCAAAAUCCAGGCUUGGUGGAGAGGUACUAUGGUCCGAAAAGGCCUCGGCGAGUUCAAAAAAGACAAAGGCAAGAAAGGCAAAAAGGGCAAAAAAGGCGGCAAGAAGGGCAAGGGCAAGAAGAAGUAA